AUGACAAGCUUAACAUCUGCCCAAACUUCGGGUAAAUGUGUAAAGUCAAGUUUAAAAAUAACGUCAUUACAUAUCUUGGAGCUUAUUUCGUUGGCAGCUUUAAUUAAACUUCAUGUUAUACUUGAAUUUCUUGAGAUAUCAUGUGAAAGUGAAAGCGUUUGGUUCGCGUUCAUGAAAGAAAGACAAUAA